CAAUCAAUUUUGUCUCAUUUUCAUCUUCCAUGGGAGAAACUCAACUCAACCCUCUGGUCACACCUCCACUCACAUGGAUUCUCCUUUUCCCUGCGUCGUGGCGUUACGCCACUGCACAGUCUGUCGCACCACCGCCGCCGCCAAACUCCAACCUCGGAAUCUACUCAAACUUUGAUCCGUCUAUGGCUAUUAUAAUUCUGAUACUUGUAUCCAGUUUCAUAUUCAUUACAUUGUUCUCCAUCUAUGUCCGCCACUGCUCAGAAACCAUGAUUUCUGUACCUCCACCCGCUGAUGACGGCUCCGUGAAGCGUGGCCUUGAUCCUGCCGUGAUCAGGACUUUCCCGACGUUCAUUUACUCUGCUGUUAAAGAUCUCAAAUUAGGUAAAGGGGCUCUUGAAUGUGCAGUGUGUUUAAGCGAGUUUGAAGACGACGAAACGCUGCGUUUAAUUCCGAAAUGCGAUCACGUCUUCCAUCCUGAUUGCAUCGACUUAUGGCUGGGUUCUCACGUUACGUGUCCGGUUUGUCGAGCAAACCUUACAAUCGAACAGAAAGAGCCGGCUAGAUUAACGAAUGCAAACAACGAUUUAAACAGUAACCAGAAUCAGAAUCAGAAUCAGAAUCAGAAUCAGAAUCAGAACGAGAACAAUUCAGUUUCUGAAAUUUUUAUUGAUGUGAACGAUGAGCUAAGCAGAAGCAAUGAAGUGCAAUUAGGCGAAACUGUUAGAAGAAACGACGCCGUGUCUCUGAAGUUUCCACGGUCUCACUCGACGGGACAUUCGCUUCUACUAGCCGGAGUGAACGUAGAGAGAUACACAUUAAGAUUGCCUGCAGAGAUUAGAAAGCAAUUAAUUAACGGUAAGAUUAAGCGAACGCAGAGUUUCAGUGUCGUUUUGGGAAGGGAAGGGAGUUCCAGAAAGGGUAGUUAUAGGAGUGGAGGAGAUGACAGUAACAGAGGGAAACGUAAUAUGGACCGGUGGGUAUUGUCGAGGACUCCACCGUUUGUUUCGAAGACGGGGUCUGUCAAUUUUGUAAAGUUUGAGAGAGAAGGGUCGUUCGAUUCCAAUAGUAGGAAUUUGUUGACGGUGGUUACGGGGCCGUUAAAUUGUUUGAAUAUGAAAGUUGAUCAAGGAGAACAAUCGUCGUCGAGGCCGUCUAAGCCUCUGAUUUAAGUAUUUAACUGAUAAUAGCAUUUGGAGAUGGGCAUUUUUGGUUUGCCUUUUCUUUUAUUUGCUAAUUGCAACGAAAAGUAUGUACAUAUUAAUUAAUAAAAAGAUAGGACAAAAUCUUCUUGAUUUUCUUUUACAGCAAGACAUGGUGUAGGCUCUUAGGAUUUGAUACAUUGUAAUUUUGUAACAGAUAAAGUUUUAUGUAAUUUCAACAACUUUGCAGAGUCUACUUUGGUAGAUAAGUAAGGGAAAAGGAUGCAAGGCCAGCCAUUGAAUAUUGUGAUGGUGGAGGUCAUGAAA